AUGGCAGAUGAUCUAGAGAAGCAGGGGCAUGAUGGCAUCGACCGACAAGUUGCUCGCAGCGGCCUUCGGCGAAGGGACUCCAAGAUUAUAGAAUGGGACACCGAGCAUGAGCUCUUCCCACGUAAUUGGCCAGUCCAGCACAAGCUGUACAGCAUGAUGGUUCCUUUCUUCCUGGAAUUCUACACGACUGUAAUCAGCACAACUGGUGCCUCGGCUGCAGAAGAGACAAUGCAGGAAUACGGCCUGAGCAGGGUUGUCGCCUUAACUGGCUUUCAGUUCAUGUAUGGGAUGGGACAGGCGUUGGGAGGGUUGAUUAUGCCCCCAUUCUCCGAAACACAUGGUCGACGAGUGGGUUACUUAUUAUCGGCGAUCGUGUACAGCAUAUCCUCGUUGUUAGUUGGUGUGGUCCCUUCGCCGGUAGGUAUGUUCGUUGGCCGUUUUCUCUCUGGAUACGCGUCUGCUGUACCGUCAAUUGUACUUGCCGGAAGUAUUGAGGACUUGUAUACUCACCGGACAAGACUUUGGCUUAUCUGGUUGUGGAACUGCAGCACCACGAUAGGCUUGUGUGUCGGGCCUAUAUAUGGAUCUUAUAUUGUCAGUAGUAUAGGAUGGCGAUGGAUCUAUUACAUCUCUGCUAUGGCCACCGCAGUUGUGUUUUCUCUCCUCUUUGGCGUCCGCGAAACCCGACCGACUACACUUCUUUCACAGAAGUUCGACAGACUAAAGACCGAAGUUGGAGACUUAGACCUGGAGAUUCGUAACCCGGAUGGCGUGAACAGCAAGCGAGAGCUCUUGCAGGUAAUACUCCUACGACCAGCACGUGUGGGCUUCACAGAGCCCAUUAUCAUCCUCGUCGCAGUGAUGAACGCGUCAGCCUGGGGCAUGCUGUACCUUUUCACCGAAUCAUUCACCGUGGUUUUUUCCCAAUUUGGCUGGAGCCAGAGAGCCACCUCUCUCCCCUUCCUAGCGCUACUACCUGGGGUCCUCCUCAGCGGCUGUAUCCGCUUCUGGGACCACUACGUUAUCAAGCAACAACAACAGAAAACUUCGAAGCCAGAGGAUAAAAUUGGUGGGUUUGCCAUCGCGGCCCCCGCACUCGCUAUGGGACUUUGGAUCUUCGGCUGGACCGUCCCCCCAUUGGUCCACACGCACUGGGUCGUCCCCAUGUUCGGCCUCGUUCUUAUCGGUUUUGCCGCGAAUGAGUUCGCCUAUACGCUAAGUGGCUAUAUUGCUGACUCUUAUACCAUUUAUGCGUCAUCGGGCUUAGCCGUGGUCGCCUGUCUGCGUGCCAUUGCAUCCGGUUGCAUGCCUCUGUUUGCUUAUCAGAUGUAUUCGGGGCUCGGGUCAAAUAUCGCUACCAGCAUUAUUGCUGUAAUUGCGACGGUAUACUGUGGGACGCCAUUUGUUUUCUUGAAAUAUGGCCAGAGGCUACGGGAGCAUAGUCAAUUUGCGAGAUUUAGCGCGGAGGUAAAUGGACAACAGAUGGCUGACUGA